AUGGUCAAGGAGGAAUGGAGAGGGCUGGGAGAGAUACAAUUCACUGAUAAACUGAAGGCAUUGACGGUUCCUUUGGGGAGAUGGCACAGAGAAAACUUUGGUGAUAUGGACAGGAAAAUAUUGAAGUUUGAGGAAGAGAUUCAGAAGCUUGAUGACAUGGUCAGCAAUGGGAGCUAUGAUGAGACAGUGGAAGCAAGAAGGAAGGCAUUAGUUAAAUGCUGUGAGAAAUGGUAUGUGAGGAAAAAAUUACAUUGGAAGCAGAUGUCAAGGUCGAGGCUUGCAAGGAACAUGGAUAAAAAUACGAGAUACUUUCAUAACUUAGCUUCGGCAAGACGGAGAAGUAACAGGAUUGAUACACUAGUUAUUAAUGGCAGAUUGAUAAGGAAUCAAGUUAGGAUUAAAAUUGCCAUCAGGGAGUUUUACAAAGAAUUAUAUCAUCAAGAGAGGUCCCUUGAGGUGGGAUUCAGAGAUGGGCUGGUGGAAAGGAUCAGCGAGGAGGAUUCUCUUGCUCUAGAGGUGCUACCGUCACCUGAGGAGAUUAAAGAGGCAGUGUGA